CAGAAAACGCGAAUAUAGGGUUUAUUUAUCUUUGAGAUUUUGUCUAGGAGGUUUUUGUGUUAUCAAAAUGGAAAAUCGAGUCUCAGCAUCGCAAAUAGAUGAGCUACUUGACUUCUUAGAAAGUCAUCCUAGCUUAGCCAAGGGUAGUGUUGGGCUUGGGGGAAGAUCAAAAGAGACAAUUGAAAGAAAAUGGGACGAAUUAGCAAUAUGUAUGAAUGGUCAUGGUACUGGAGCUACAAAGAAUGGACAACGCUGGAGAAGGUACUGGAUUGACCUUAAACAUAGGGUGAAAUCUAGAGUUGCUCAAUAUAGACAGGAUGUUACGGGUACAGGUGGAGGGCCUGCUAAUGUGGAGAGCUUUUCUGAAAUAGAUAGGAGGAUUAUGGCUCUGUUGGGAGAGGCAGCCAUAUUUGGAGACACAGCAUCAAGUCCCAUUUGGUGAUUCCAUUGUUCAGCCAGUAGAGGUUGUGGAAGAACAAAUUGAAAAUAUAUCAGAACCAUGUCCUUCAACAUCAGCUGUUCAGCCAGCACCAGAAAUGGAAUCGAAAAGAGAAACGCCAUCUAGAUAUCGUAAGAGAGUCAGUAAUGACUGGGUCAUUGAGUUGGAAGAAAAGAGGGUUGAAGCUGAGGGAAAACUUGGCAGUGCAGCACUGGUGAUGGCAGAAGCAAGCCGGAUACAGGCAGAAGCAAGUCGCAUGCAGGCAGAAGCAAGUCGCAUGCAGGCAGAAGUGGCACUGAUGCAGAUGAAAGUCACUCAAGAAAUGUCG